ACGAAGUCAGAGAAAAACGGGGGAAAACCGGCACAACCGAAACAAGUCGCACACAUUAAAAGCAACCCAGAACCAACCCACAGAAAAAGCGACACUAAGUCCCACAACCCAGUCACACACAGCAAAAGCAACCCAGAACCCACCCAAAGAAAAUCCAACACCAAGCACCGCAAACCAGUCGAGCGAGCGGAAGCCAUGGCCUCGCCCACAGCACCGGCGCACAGGUACAUCAGUUUGUCGGACACGGCGCAGUCCUCGCUCUCUUCACCGUCCCCGUCCCAGCAGCCGCUGGCCGUUUCAUAUACCACACAACUCAACCAAGGAGCGCUGGUGACGCGCCGAUUCCGCGUGCAGGUGGGUGAGAAGGCGUACUACCGACACGCGGAUCUGUUCAUGGAGGUGACCCGCGUGCUUGCGGCGACGACGGGGUUGUCUUCGCACGAAUGUCGCAGUCUGGCGUUUGAGAUGUAUCGAGGCCUGGUAUGUAGGGCUGUGUAUGGAGAGAAAGGGGGAGACUUGUCGUUGCUCAGCUUUCCGAGUCGCGUGGACAAAGCCUGGCAGUUCGCAAUCCUGAAUACGCGCCUGUACGUGGACUUCUGCGCAGAUGUGUUUGGCGAGUACGUUCACUACUCGACCGCUGAUGUCGGUGAUGUGGAUGAGGCGGACAGGGACGCACGCGUACAGCGUGCGUUAGCACAGUACACCCAAGUCUGGAGUGAGCACCCGCCCCUGUCUCUGUGGACACCGUUUACGGAAGUGGCUGGGGCCAGUUCGAUCCCGGAUGCGUCUGGAGGUGUGACGGGAACACAGAGGAACCAUGUGCUUGUGCCGGAUGUAGAGGUGAGACCACAUGCCAGCGUGGUGGACAAAAAAGGCCCGAAAAGGCGUGAUAGAGGUGCAGACCAGGACAACAGUGAGGAUGAGCCCUUGAAUAAGCUUCUGGGGCAAGACGCGAAGAGCAAACCGGACCGGGGCCGCCCCAAGAAGUUCCUACGUGGCCCCAAGGUAUCACAGCAAUCACAGCAAUACAAUGACGUACGACAAUCCGACGUCGCACACGGACCGAAUGUCGUGCCAGACACUAACUCGGGGUUGGACCCCAGUGGCACACAAGCGUUAGAGGGCAACAACCUGAACGCACAGGAUAACGCUACGAUGAAAGCCAUCUACGACCAACAAUUAGGCCCGAAACAAUCCGCAGCCAACGGCAUUGUAUCGACGACCAAACCGCCGAAGCUCGAGUUCAAGGUGUCGAACGAGAGGGGUGAGUUUGUUCGCUUUAAUGUCUCGCCCAACACACGCCUGGAGAAGGUGAUGACCGCCUACUGUAACCUGAACGGACUGGAGCCCGGCACCGUCGUGUUUGUAAUGCGCGAGUCUGGUUCCGAAUCAAAUAUAUCUGGAGAUGACACCGUGAGGAGCCUGGAUCUGGAGGGGAAGACUGUCUAUAUACAGACCCGGUAGAACCCCGAUCUGAACAGGAAUAUUGUUCUACUUUCAACCCGGUUCGGAUAUAUUUAUGGCAUAAUGCUGGGUUAUUUAUAUCGUAAUGCUGGGCUAUUAAUAGCAAGCAUUUGAGCUGGAUGAAAGGCUCCUUCAUCCUCUGUACGGGUGUGAUCGAGCCCCGAGCUGCACUACAACAGACAUCGGUAACUCUCUUCUCACCACCUCUUACGGCAGGACCGGGUAAGCGUUUUCGCUUCUCAUACUCUUGUAAUCACAUACUACGUAUAGCUACCUACAGCAGCUGUUGGAUUUACCUACCGCUACACACUUAACUGCAUCGAGCCACACGCAAC